CGGCGCGCCGCGCGCGGCAGGUUUGAAGCGCGCGGGGCGCCGCCUGAGGGCCCAGGCUGCUGAGGUGGCGGGGCGCGGCGCGAGGCGCCGGCGGCGAAGGGACGGCCCGCUCCCCGCGGCUUCUAGCGGCGGCGCCGACAUGGACGAAGCUGUGGGAGACCUGAAGCAGGCGUUGCCCUGCGUGGCCGAGGCGCCCACGGUCCACGUGGAGGUGCACCAGCGGAGCGGCAGCACUGCGAAAAAAGAGGAUAUAAAGCUGAGUGUUAGAAAGCUACUCAACAGGCAUAACAUUGUGUUUGGUGAUUACACCUGGUCUGAGUUUGACGAGCCUUUUCUCACCAGAAAUGUGCAGUCUGUGUCUAUUGUUGACACGGAAUUAAAGGCUAAAGAUCCACAGCCCAUUGAUUUGAGCGCGUGCAAUAUUGCACUUCACAUCUUCCAGCUGAACGAGGAUGGCCCCAGCAGUGAGAACCUGGAGGAAGAGACAGAAAACAUAAUCGCGGCAAAUCACUGGGUUCUGCCUGCAGCUGAAUUCCAUGGGCUUUGGGACAGCCUGGUGUAUGACAUGGAAGUCAAAUCUCAUCUCCUCGACUACGUGAUGACGACGUUACUGUUCUCAGACAAAAAUGUCGACAGUAACCUCAUCACCUGGAACCGGGUGGUGCUGCUUCACGGUCCUCCAGGAACUGGAAAAACGUCGCUGUGUAAAGCUUUAGCCCAGAAAUUGACCAUCCGACUCUCGAGCAGGUACCGAUAUGGCCAGUUAGUUGAAAUAAACAGCCACAGCCUCUUUUCUAAGUGGUUUUCAGAGAGUGGCAAGCUGGUGACUAGGAUGUUCCAGAAGAUUCAGGACUUGAUUGAUGACAAGGAUGCUCUGGUGUUCGUGCUGAUCGAUGAGGUGGAAAGCCUGACCGCCGCCCGUAACGCGUGCAGGGCAGGCACCGAGCCUUCCGAUGCCAUCCGUGUCGUCAAUGCCGUCUUGACCCAAAUUGAUCAGAUUAAAAGGCACUCCAACGUGGUGAUCCUGACCACAUCCAACAUCACAGAAAGGAUCGACGUGGCCUUUGUGGACAGGGCUGACAUCAGGCAGUACAUCGGACCGCCCUCUGCAGCGGCCAUCUUCAAGAUCUACCUCUCCUGCCUGGAAGAGCUGAUGAGGUGCCAGAUCAUAUACCCUCGCCAGCAGCUACUGACCCUCCGCGAGCUGGAGAUGAUUGGCUUCAUUGAAAACAACGUGUCCAAGUUGAGCCUCCUCCUGAGCGAAAUUUCAAGGAAGAGCGAGGGCCUGAGCGGCCGCGUCCUGAGGAAGCUCCCUUUCCUGGCUCACGCGCUGUACAUCCAGGCCCCCACCGUCACCAUCGAGGGCUUCCUCCAGGCCCUGUCUCUGGCCGUGGAGAAGCAGUUUGAGGAGAGAAAAAACCUCUCGUCGUGCGUGUGACUUGGCGCCCCCGUCCUCGUGAGCACAGCGCGGGAAGGUGCCAUCGCUUCCUCACAGCGGUGGCUGCCCCAGGACAUCCGAGGCCACGGCUGAGACCUGCAGACUGGUGUGGUUCAAGAAGCGUGUUCUGCUCACACAGUGUUGCUCAAGAAGUGUGUUGCGUUUAUGUGCUUUAACUGCAUGUUCGAAGACAAAACAGCCUGUUUUCUGUUUUGAAAGAUGAUCAUCUGAGCUCAGUGUCUCUUUAUAAAGAACUGUCUAGAUGUCCUGAUUCUAUCCUGCUUUUGGUUGAAUGGACCCAAAAUGCUGACGUUUUAUUUAAAAAGAUGAUUAAUGUAAGUUUUAUAGAAACAAAACAAACUGCAUUGCCUUAAAGAAGAAUGUAAUCAUAGCAUUAAAAAAAAGUACAUGUUGCUCAAGACGAGGCAGCAUUUGCUUCCUGCUGCAAGCCCGUCCUGGUUAGCGCACACAUUCUGGAGACUAUUCCUGUUACAGAAAUCAAGAGAAAAGUUUAAGGCCAGUGCUCUUGGUAGCAGAUACGUUCUGCUUGUCGGGGAGGGGCAGCUGACGGGGCCUGCCUCCCUGGUGACCAGCGUGGCUGGCCUCACGGCGAUGUUUCCCGGUGAGUCGUUUGUUGAAGGACAUCAGUCACGGCUUAAACAAAGAUUCCCAAUAACAGAUGUAAAAUGAAUCGACCGAUAAUUGGUGUAUUCCACAGAACCUUGUUUUGCUUUUAUCUCAUGCUAAAAUAAAUUUCAUAUCACCGUUUUAUAAAACAUUUUUAAAAGAAUGUUACCUUUUGUCUUAAAUUUUUUUAUGUAUUAAAAAUCUUUCUCCAAAA